CCCUGUACGUACCUCUGUCUGUCGCAACUGCAAGUCGCCAACCUCAAUCUGCCAACGCGACUACGAAGACUGGCUUGGAACAUCAGCAUAAACGCUCGAUAGCUCUUGUUAGCCUCGGUGUUUGAUUUCAUGCGACUUGUCGAUACACAUCCCUGGCAAACCCAGCUUCAUCAAGCUAGCUAGAGCUGCAAAGCUCCCCCACCAUCGCCAUGGCAGCGAAAGGCCAUUCGCUGCGCGAUCGCCAGAUCUCCGCUCUGAAGAAACUCCUUAGCUUGAACGACUCCUUUACCGAAAGCGACACCGAUAACACCCAAGCCAAUGGCGGCGCACUUGGACCGACGGGCGCCAUCAUAACCUCCGAUGGCGAUCCCUUGUGGAAGGUCCUCGUCUUUGAUGAUCUCGGCCGAGAUGUCAUCAGCAGCGUUCUUCGGGUCAGCGACUUGCGGGCGUUGGGCAUCACGAUGCACAUGCAUAUUGGGUCCUCCAGACACGCGAUUCCGGACGUACCAGUCAUCUACCUGCUCGAGCCAACGGCGCAGAACCUCCAACACAUCACCAGCGAUCUCCAAAAGGGCCUCUACAACCCCGCCUACCUGAAUUUCCUGUCCUCCAUCCCCCGACCGCUGCUGGAAGACUUCGCAGAGCAGACGAUAACAGCCGGCACGUCUGACAGCAUUGCCAGGCUUAUGGACCAAUAUCUGAAUUUCAUUGUCGCGGAGCCGGAUCUUUUCAACUUAGGCAUGCAACGAGAUCACACAUAUUGGGCGCUGAACAGCGCAACAACCAAUGACGAAGAGUUGGACAGAGUCGUCGAUAGAAUCGUCAGCGGCUUGUUCAGCGUCAUUGUCACCAUGGGCGUCAUUCCCAUUAUCCGUUGUCCUAAGGGCGCCGCCGCAGAGAUGAUCUCGGCGAAGCUCGAUCGAAAGCUGCGCGACCACAUCCUCAACUCGAAAGAAAACCUGUUCUCCUCCAGUGCCCGGCCGGCGUCUUCUGCCGGAACGCCACAAUCCCGCCCCGUGCUCAUCAUUCUCGACCGCAAUGUGGACUUAAUACCUAUGCUUUCCCAUUCCUGGACCUACCAAUCUCUGGUCCAUGAUGUUUUGAAUAUGAAAUUGAACCGAAUCACGAUAGAGACGCCCAUAGACGAGAACAAUCCUGCCAAGGGGACCACCAAGAAAGCCUACGACUUGACCGCGAGCGACUUUUUCUGGACCAAGAAUGCGGCCGUGCCGUUCCCUCAAGUGGCAGAGGACAUUGACGCGGAGUUGACGCGAUACAAGGAGGACGCCGCAGCGGUAACAAAGAAGACUGGAGUGACGGAUCUUGAAGACCUUCAAAACGACACGAGUGCCAGCGCACAACACUUGAAGGCAGCUAUUACUCUGUUGCCAGAACUGCGCGAGCGCAAGGCGGUGCUCGACAUGCACAUGAACAUUCUGGCGGCGCUCUUGACGGGCAUCAAGAACCGGCAACUAGACAACUUCUUCCAAGUCGAGGAAGGCGUUAUGAAGCAGACCAAGGCACAAAUAUUGGAGCUCAUCAAGGACAACACAAAGGGCGACGAUCCCGUCGACAAACUGAGACUGUUCGUCAUUUGGUACCUGAGCACUGAACAAGACGUCGGCCGAACAGAAUGGGAGGGCUUCGAGAAGGCCCUUACCGAGUGCGGCGCAGACACGACAUCUCUCCCGUAUAUUCGGCAAGUUCGUGCUACUACCAAGAUGACCCAGCUCACCACCAUUUCCAACCCGAACACAAAUCAGGCAGCCUCCUCUGACAUCUUUGGUCGCUUUUCCUCAAUCUCCAACCGGUUCACCGACCGCCUCAAGGAAACGGGCGUCCCCACUGGCCUGUCUUCCAACUUCGAGUCCCUGAUUGGCGGCAUCAAGAACUUCCUCCCCGCCAACCGCGACCUGACCAUUACCAAGAUCGUGGAGUCCAUCAUGGACCCCUCAACCGCCGCGAGCUCUGCAAUCGCCAAGACGGAAAGCUACCUCUACUUUGACCCCCGUUCCGCCAACGCCCGCGGCACUAUGCCCCCACCAAGCGCAAUCCGCGCCGGCGCCGGGGGCUCCUCGGCGCCAGGCGGCCUCCCGGGUCAGACAAUCGCCGGCCAGACCGCGGGCACCGGCGCCAGCUUUGGUCAGCGCCGCCAGGGCUUCUCCGAAGCUGUCGUUUUCACCGUCGGCGGCGGCAGUAUGGACGAGUACGGCAACCUGCAAGAAUGGGUCGAGCGGACGGGCGGCGACCGCGCCAAGAGGCGGGUUGUCUAUGGCAGCACGGAGAUGCUCAACGCCGAAGAGUUCAUCAAGCAAGAGCUAGAGAGGCUCGGAAAGGAGGUGUCUUCGUAACGCGGGCCGGGCUAGCCAUGGGAGCUUUUAACCAGGGUGGUCAUUUUGACCAACCUCGCGGGCGCUGGAAAUGAAACCAAAGAGUAAAUCAGAUUCCCAUUCUGGUUGGUCCAUAUUACAUCGCUCCCAGACUGCAACGGUCAUCUACUUAGUCCUUGUAAGACUUGCACCGGUGCUGUCCUCUCGCAUGGUCUUAGUUACACCAGACGGAGGGAGGGUAGGACUUGGCUCCUGAUUGACCAGCGGGGUAGCCACGCAGAGCACGGCCCCUGCUUCACCUGCAAAAAAACAAAAAGGCAAAAACGCAUGCGUGCAGAGCUGUGGUCUUUACCGGUCAUGCCAAUUUUGGGUCUCUU